UCAAAAUGUCAGUUUUGAGCUUAGUCCUUUCCAUAGUCCUAAUUCAGGCAAUUCUUCUAAAAGCUACUUCAGUUCUACCAGAAGCUAUUUCCUUCGCAAUCGGAAACUCGUUUAAUAAAUCUGCUGAUCUCCUACACAUUGCCAUUGAAACCGAUUUUGAUGACGAUGAAAGUCAAGUUAGAUUCCUGGACACAUUGCAGAUUAUUCUUGAGAAGAAUUGGAGGUUUUGUGUUCAAAUUGAUGUCAAUAAUAGAUUUGGACAUGUUGAACAAGCUGUAAGUGAUUACAAUUUGUGGUUUGUAGACUCGUACAGAGCUUUUCGGUAAGUUUAUGACAGAUUUUCAAUAUCUUCUAACAAAUUGAUAACUUUUUUUGUUUGAAGGCGUUUGGUUCGUUGGAUUCGCGCUUAUCACAGGGAUUCACAGCUUUUUAAUUUUAUUGUUUUAAGAACUGCUAAGAUCAAAGGGCUCUACUUCAUUGUGAUACAGCAAAUGUUCACUGAUUUUCUUAGACUUAUGGUUGGAAAUGUCAAUAUUAUCGUUGAGACUAAUUCCGGCGAAGUUCUAUUUUAUACAUUCUACCCUUAUCAAGAUCUUCAUUGUAGAUCACCAGAGCCUUCAAUUGAAUUUCGAUACGAUAAUAACAUCAGUCAAAAAAGUCUUCAAUUUUUUCCCGAGAAGGCCAAAAAUUUUCACAGAUGUCCUCUAAGAAUUAGAACAAGAAACGAGCUUGUUCUUACCCUUGGAAACUACACAAUGCCCAACCAAUUGAGGAACUACGAAAUGUCAAUUUUGGAAUAUGAGAUAUUGAAAGAGCUCUCUUUAAAAAUGAAUUUUUCAUUCGACAUUUAUCAUAGCAGUGACAGUGGACUUAAUAAUUCGCUAGCAGAUGGAAAAUUUGAUGUCGCAUUGGGGUCUUUUGCCAAUGAUGCUCAGGUAAAUCGACUUCAUUCGGCAAGUGUAACGUACUUUAUGUCUUGGCUUUUGAUUGCCCUCCAGCGUCGGCCUGAUGUUCUCCGCACGCUAAUUUGGUUGCUGGUUCCAUUCAAUUCUACAACUUGGCUUUGCACUCUGGGGUUCCUGAUUCUAACUACUUUGUGUAUCGUUUCGGUGAGAAGAAAUAAGAAACUUGUAAGUAUUUUUCAUCUUAAUAAUUCUGGAAGUCUUGAGAUAUUGUCCGUGACCAUUGGAGCAUCAGUAGAACAGCUGCCAAGGAAAACUUCCCUACGAUUUGCCUUUAUAGUUUUGAGCUUGGGAGCACUUAUUCUCAGGUCAGCCUAUUUGGGCAAACUUUUUGAUGCAUAUCGAGGGCGUACAAUGGUCGAACCACCUAAAAGUGUGAUGGAGCUUUUAGCUGAGAAUUACACAAUUUACGCACACGAUAUCUUUAAACCAGUCAUUGAAGACCUAAUUGGUAGCAAAAAUAUCCAUUUCGAGAAUUUGCAACGAUAUGGAAGUAGUCUGGAAAUUCUAUCUGACACUGCCCAAAGGAAUGCAUUUGUAGUUUCGUUCAUUUACAUUUAUACUUUUCACACGGCCGAACAGCGUAAGGACAUAAUUUUGAAAACGGUUUUGCGACAGCAGGUUUGUAUGUUUUUCCAACAACACUCUAUUAUUGUUCCAAGGGUUAACGAAAUCAUUAUGAGAAUGGAAGAAGCUGGUAUUUUACAUAAUUUAAGGCAAAACUAUGAGGAGUUGCAUCAUAAUACUUUAUCAUCGGGUGAAAUUUUAAAUAAGCCAAUACCGUUAAUUUUGGAACGAUUUGAAUUCACGUUUUAUUUGUUUGCUUUAUUGAAUUCGGUGGCAAUAUUGAUAUUUGUUGUUGAAUUGUUUGUGGACAAAGUGUUAAAAGUUAAAUACUAA